ACCACACGCCGAUUCAUUCAUCAUUUCCUCGAACAGCGUGAGGUGAAAUCAACCUACAGAGACUAGAGGAAAUAACGUUUGACUGUAAAAGAGCAGUGAUGUGCUGUCCGAAACGUUUUAUCGUGGUUGGCUUAGGCUUCGUCGGGCUACUUAUCUCCAUUGGCUACAGGGCAGUGUUUGCCAUGGUUAUGGUGGACGUCACCAAAACGCCUGCUACUACAGGGAAGUGUCCGGUGAAUGAGAGUGAUUCUACACGAUACCUUUCUUUGACUGGGAAGGUUUCCGUCAGGUUUUCACAGACGAUGAACACGGCCUACUUCGUAGGCUCUCUGCUCACCCAGGCUCCAGGGGGUUAUCUGGCAACCAGAUUUUCUCCCUCCAGAAUCUGUGGUAUAUCCAUCUUACUGACUUCUGUCCUAAUGCUGACUUUGCCCUGGGCUAUACCUUUCAACAAGUGGUUGACUAUGGCCAUACGAUUUGUGCAAGGCAUUGUGGAGGGAGCUUCUGUGCCAGCCCUUAAUGGCGUCAUUUCGGCCUGGGCCCCAAGGUCAGAGAAGGCAAGAAUGAUUACUAUCUCUUACUCCGGAGCUUACCUCAGUCCUACUGUCGCCUUUGUGGUAACCGGAUCAGCAUCGUGCUAUAUUAGCUGGCACGCAAGUCUCUUCAUAUACGGUGGAUGUGGUGUGUUGUGGUCACUUGCCUGGUUUUUAUUUAUUUACGACACUCCAGCUAGCCAUCCGGGGCUAAAAGAAAGAGAGAUAUUAUUGUUUCAGGAAGAAGGACCGGGACAUAGAGGAGGCAGCAGAUUGAUAGCCUCUGGUAUCCCUUGGCGAAGUAUUUUAACAAGUCUCCCGAUGUAUGCUGUCAUUGUUGGUAGCUUUUGUAGAAACUGGAUCUUUUCGUUAAUUCUGACUGAGCUCCCUCAGUACUUCCACGACGUGUUCUCCCUGAGCAUAGAUCAUAUCGGAUGGAUGACUGGCGUUCCGGAAGUAUUUAUGACGUUAGUGACCAUAAUUGGGGGUGUCGUCGUAGACAAAUUGAUCAAGGCAAACAGAUGUGGUAUCACCACCACCGUAGGGAGGAAACUUGCACAGUGUAUUGGUUUUGGAAUAGAAGCAAUUUGUUUGUUCGUGCUGGCUACUCGUGGCGAUAGUCCAGAAGACAGGACCUUAGUUUUUAUCUUACUAUGUGUUGGAGUGGGCUUCAGUGGACUGGCUAUAUCAGGUUAUCAAGUGAAUCCUUUAGACCUCGCUCCUCAGUACUCCAGUAUCCUGACUGGGUUGUCAAGAUGUGGUGCUUUAGGAGCUAUCUUGAGUACUGCUACCGCUGCUGCCAUAAGGGAUGGCGAAAGAGUGAAAAAUUGGCAAACAAUAUUUUGGAUUGCUGGUGCCAUACACAUGGCUGGGGUGGUGUUCUACGGAAUAUUUGCACGUGGGACAAGACAACCUUGGGCGCAAGUAAAGGAAAGUAAAGGUUUGAUCAAUCCCGUGGAAGGUCAUAGUGAGGGAAGCGAAAAUGGCGUAUAUGAUGAUUACAAGGAUCGUAUUUACAGUAGAUCUGUUGAUUAUGGAUCUACAAGGAAUAUCGAAGAAGACACUAUGGAUAAGGAUACGAUUUUCUCGAAAUCUACAGGCAACGUGGUGCUUAGCAGUUCUGAUUACGAUGAGGGACCUGAUUGGUUUCAUCUUACCAUUUGAACAAAAGUUUUGAAGAUAAACAAGUUAUUUUGUGGAUGACAGUGAUAAUUAAAUAUCGAAUUUGGUAUUAAAAUUGUCAUUUUAUGGACAAAGAUCGUAAUUUUCAUCGAAAUGAAAUUGUGUAAUAUAAACGAAAUUAAGAGGAAAGAGAAAUGAUGUGUGUCUGUGUUUUCCCUUUGAAUAUUAUGAGUGGCAUUAUUACAUUGCAAAAAUAAUUACAAUCAUGUUUCUGGCCUUUGCCAGAGAAUAUUUUCAUUAUAAUAAAAAAGUACAGUAUUUCGUAGCGAUUUAUAUGGAUCAAAUAUUGUUAUUUUACCAAGUUGUUAUUUUAAUUUAUGCAUUGAUUGUUUUAUUUUAUUUUUAUCGAAAGCGAGUUAGUUCAAACGGUAGAACGUCCGACAGUUUAGUCUCCCAUUAAAAUCAGAGAUGUGUGGUUCGAUCCCUCCCGGAGGCAGUUGGUGUAUCUCCGGAAGCUGAGAUCACUGGACACCGCUUACAGUCAUAGAUAUGUCCUUGUGGAACAUUAAUAUAUUAUUUUUCUCUCUUUUUCCCUCUGUCAUUUUCUAUCUUUAUGCAUAACUUGCCAAAUCUCGCAUUUAGACAAGUAUUGAGUAAUACAUGCAGUUUAAAAGCCUUUGAGCUCUUUCCAAUAACUAGGAUGUCAACAAAAAUAAUUUUCGGAUCAGUCUUACAUAAUGAUUAAUUGAUAAAUUGAUGAUCCCACAUAUCCCAAAGGUUGUGAUUUUCGAGGGAUGUUGUUUUCAAAGCUGAAAUAAAAUCGGAAAAUAUAGAUACUCUAAAACUGCUGUUAGUUUCGUACAAAUUGCACUGUUAGAAAAAACUUUUACUUUGUAUCUCUACAUUUCAGUGUUUUGUAACGUGCACUGUCAGUGUUCACGGCUUUAUCGUUCAAUAACUGAGAUAAGAAAUCGAUCAGGUUACGUUAUAUGUACAUGUAUAUCAACAUGACGGUGCAUGUCAAAAAUUUGCAAUAUUAGCUUUAAGUGUGUUUGAUAACUGAUAGAGGAAAUCGAACAGAUAACAAGUAUGUACAUGAAAUUAGACCUUUGGUGAGUUAUCACCUGAGAUCGGAUCUCAGUUUACUAAAAGUGACCCCAUUCUUGUUAAGUAAUUAUCCAUCUGCAGACCAGAAGUCAACUAUAUUUAAAACUACUCUUACUAAUUAAUGAAAUGAAAAAUAAUCUUAUUUAUGUUCGAAAUGAAUCUCUAUCAAACACAACAUUUUAAAAUUAUUUUUUGAAGCAUCCCCAUAAUACAACUUCAAUAUUC